AUGGGGCUCUUACUGAUCCUGCUUCUCCUGGGCGACCUAACAGUGAUCAGUUAUGGCCGUCCUAUUCUGGAAGCUCCAGAGAGUGUGACAGGGCCCUGGAAAAUGGAUGUAAACAUUCCCUGCACCUAUGAACCCCUGCAAGGCUACACUCAAGUCUUGGUGAAGUGGCUGGUGCAACGUGGUUCAGAUCCAGUCACCAUCUUCCUUCGUGACUCUUCUGGAGAUCAUAUUCAGCAGGCAAAAUACCGAGGCCGUCUACAUGUGAAUCAUGAGGUACUAGGAAAUGUGUCCCUCCAACUGAAUACCCUUGAGAUGGAUGACUGGAGCCACUACACAUGUGAAGUUACCUGGCAAACCCCUGAUGGAAAUCAGUUGGUGAGGGAUAAGGUCAUUGAGCUCCGAGUCCAAAAAUUCUCUGUCUCCAAGCCCACAGUGACGACUGGCAAUGGCUAUGGCUUCACAGUCUUCCAGGGGAUGAGGAUUAGCCUUCAAUGCCAGGCGCAAGGUUCUCCUCCCAUCCAUUAUGCUUGGUACAAAGAACAGAGCAACAACCAGGAACCUCUCAAAGUAUCAUCCUUGAGUACCUUACUCUUCAAGCCUGCAGUGGUGACCAAUUCGGGCUCAUACUUCUGUACUGCUAAGGGCCGGGUUGGCUCUGAGCAGCGCAGUGACCUUGUGAAGUUUAUAGUCAAAGAAUCCUCAAAGCUUCUUAAGACCAAUACUGAGGCACCUACAACUAUGCCAUCUCCCUUGGAAUCAAUAUCCACAGCAAACUCAUUCUUGGGCUGGACCACUGAAGGUGAUGGUUACCUUGAGGAGACCAGUGCUGGGCCAGGUAAAAGUCUGCCUGUCUUUGCAAUAAUCCUCAUCAUCUCCUUCUGCUGUACAGUGAUAUUCAUCAUGGCUUAUAUAAUACUCAACCACAAAACAUCCCAACAGGAGCAUGUAUAUGAAGUGGCCAGGUUGCAUACCAGAGGGGCCAGUGACUCCGGAGAAACCAUGAAGGUGGCCAUUUUCACCAGGGGUUGCCUCAAUGAAGAGCCAACUGCCAAGGACCUGGGCAACGACUACUCGAACGAGCCCUGCCUGGGCCAGGAGUAUCAGAUCAUCACCCAGAUCAACAGUGACUACGCCUACCUGCUGCAAACAGUGCCUCUGGAUCAUGAGUUUCUGGCUAUAGAGGGCAAGAAUGUUUGCUGA